AUGGACUCGGAGCGCAGUGGCCUCUGGCGGCGAUGGACACGGUGCGUGGUGGCCUCCGGCGGCGAUGGACGUGGAGCGCGGUGGCCUCCGGCGGCGAUGGACGCGGUGCGCGGUGGCCUCCGGCGGCGAUGGACGCGGUGCGCGGUUGGCUCCGGCGGCGAUGGACUCGUCCUCUUGUGGCAUUGCUCCUUCCCUCACUCUCUCAAUAUGUUUCUUGGGAUCAUCUCCCAAACAAACCUCCAGCCCUCAAACCCUAGUCUCAAGAUCUACCUCUGGGAAUCUAAACCUAAAGGAGACCCUGGCAAACAUCUACGAUCUGUGAGGCUGGAGUUCAGGAAUAGUUGGUGCACAAGCAGGUUAGGCCACUGGCAUUGUUCUGACACUCACGAGGAUGUGCAUUUUCCUGAUGAUGGGCUCCUCUCUCUGCGCCGCAUAGGAAUGAGCGUGAGAGGUGAGCCUUGUAGCUGUGCCCCUGGAGACCUGGGGUGGCACGGGGGUGGGCGUGUGGAGGGGGCAGUUCCUGACCCUGUUCCCCAGGUUCUGUGGAAGGUGGGCAGCCUGCCCUACUGA